AUGUUUGUGAUUUUGUUUUUAACGGUGUUCACUGUCUAUCUGGGGUACGAGUUGUAUUGGAAGAGAAAGAAUUUCCCACCUGGACCAUGUCCUGUACCCAUUUUUGGAAAUUUACUUUCUAUCAACAGUCCACCGCCAGGAUAUGAAGCGUUCGAGAAGUGGACAAAAAAAUAUGGAGAUGUCUACACGUUUUGGAUUGGCAACACCCCUCACAUCAUGAUCAACACUUGGGAUAAAAUCAAAGAAACGUUCAUUCGAGAUGCUGACACCUACACAAAUAAAGUUCAGCUACCAGCUACUGAGCUGUUCCGUGGCGGCCCCUAUGGAGUAAUUGACUCAAAUGGAGCCAUGUGGAGAGACCAUCGAAGAUUCGCACUUUCUAGUUUGAGAGAUUUCGGACUUGGAAAGAAUCUGAUGCAAGAAAAGAUUCUUCUUGAGGUACAAGAUGUGUUCGCCAAAUUCGACGCCUCUGAGGGCACAGAAAUUGAGAUUCCACCAAUUUUCGAUAAUGCAAUCGCAAGUGUCAUCAAUCAACUUUUGUUCGGAUAUCGAUUCGAUAAGACAAAGCAAGACGAGUUCAAAGCACUCAAAAGAAUCAUUGAUGCACCUCCCGAACUUUUUGGAAAAUUGCAUAUGUUCUUGGCGAUGAACAUCCCUAUCUUUGCCAAAAUACUACCCACAUCUAUUUACGAGGCUCCACUCAAAGACUUCAGAGACACUGCUUUUGGAUUUUUCAAGAAUCAAAUUGAAAAACAUAGAGAUGAAAUUGAUUUUGAAGACUUGGACUCUGAAAGUUCUGACUACGUUGAGACGUAUUUAAAAGAACAGAGAAAAAGAAAACUGGAAGGAGAAACAGAGACUUUCAGUGAUAUCCAACUCGCCAACAUGUGUAUGGAUUUAUGGUUUGCUGGACUCGGAACCACCACUAACACUACCACCUGGGCAAUCAGCUAUAUCUUGCAUUUCCCCAAAGUUCAACAGAAAAUUCAUGAGGAAUUGGAUAGAGUUAUUGGAAGUGAUCGAUUGAUAACCACUGCUGAUAAGAAUGACCUUCCAUUUAUGAAUGCCUACAUCAAUGAAACCCAAAGAUGUGUCAACCUAGUCCCCCUCAAUCUUCAACAUGCGACCACCAGGGAUACUGUAAUCAAUGGAUACAGAAUUCCAAAAGGAACUGGAGUUGUGGCGCAAAUCAGUACAAUCAUGAAUGACGAGAAAACGUUCCCAGAUCACAACACAUUUAAUCCAGACAGAUUCAUUGAUGAAAAUGGGAAACUGAAAAAAGUGGAACAACUCGUGCCAUUCUCCGUUGGAAAGAGACUAUGUCUGGGUGAAGGACUUGCUCGAAUGGAACUUUUCUUAUUUAUUUCCAAUUUUUUGAAUAGAUAUGAGAUAUCUCCAUCGAAAGAAGGCCCACCUUCAUUGGAGAAGAAGUGUGCCACAAUGGUUGAACCAAGAAUAUUCUCUGGAAUUCUGAAGAAGAGAAGGUGA